AAACCAACUAACCCCGACAACAACAUUCCAUUAAUUUGCCUUUUAAAUUAACAUUAAUUCAUUAAGUACCGAACGAAAACAAAAUGAGUUCUUCUCAAUUCAUUUUAGACACUCUAAGGCAAGAUAUAACCGAAACCAACUUACAAUUGAAGGCUCUGAUUCAGGACAUAACCGCAUGCGCGGGGCCUCUUGCAGAACUGCACAAUUUAAACAGCGCGGGACGUUCGAAAAUAUCCGCUCUUAGAAAAAGUAUCGACAAAUUUGGAGACAUAGCCAAAGAAAAUAGAGAACAACAAUUACUAAAGGAAGUUGUACUUUAUAGAGAACAAUUAUCGAGCAAUAUGGAACUAUUUAAAAAAGCCAAUAUACAAUCAAUGCUUACUAUUGAAAAAGGAAUUAAAGAUGAACUGAUGAAACCGGCGAACGAAGAGACGGCUCUAAGGCAAAGACAAAAGCGCGACAAAGAAAGCAUGGUAAAAAUGAGCUCAAAUGUAACAGAACAAUUGCUAACAAUCAGCAGACAAUUGGCAGAAACGACGCAAAGAAGCGCCGACACUUUGGAUACGCUGGUGACGUCGUCGGACAGCGUGGUCGGCACACAGGAAGAGUUGAAGGUCACUUCCGGUGUCAUAGGCCAGUCCGGACAGUUGCUCAAUAAGUACGGGCGCAGGGAGCUGACCGAUAAAAUUUUGACUUUCCUUGCCUUCGCGUUUUUUAUCGCUUGUGUAUUGUAUAUCGUGCAAAAAAGAUUGUUUUAGAUUUCAAGUAAAUACAUAAUUUAUUCCUAUUUAUUGCUGAUGCGUUUUUUAUUUAUAUCUUCAUUAAAAAUCUGUACAGAUCCAUA